AGCAGUGGAGUUAAGAAUCAUAGCUGCAAAAAGACACAAUAUACUUUUGAUUAGAUCUUUCCUAGAAAGAAGGAACCGAAUUAGCAUUGAACUCCCACUUCUCAUGGUGCGAUGAGUAGAGAGAGAAAGUGAGAGAGAGAGAGAGAGAUGGGAGAAUAUGCCGUUACAGCAGAUAAAAUGAUGCCUAUAUUCCAAUUGAAUCAGAAAGCUGACACGUGUCGCGCUACCUGGCAACUCCGCCAUUACCCUCUCUCUCUCCUCCACAACAUACUUCUUCUCCCAAUUCAAUCAUACAUCAUGUAUAUACAACACUGAUAUAUAUUUAUUAUAGAUACAAAUCAUUUUCCCUUUCUAUUUGUUUUUUUUGGUUUUUAUAUCAUAUAUAGCCCUAAUGUUUUAGCUAUUAUUAGUUUCUUCGAUUUGGGGAAAAUAAGGGUUAUCAGAGAUCUAUGAGGUUGCGGGAUUUUCUGGAAUUUUCUUAAAUCAGGGCAGUGGUGUUGUCGGAAUCCCCUUUUCUCAGUGUAUAAAGCUGGUGUGCCUUGAAAUUUCCGGCUGAGGAAUUGGGGAAUAGAAUUGUGAGCAAGCGAUUAUUUUUUUACGAAACCGAUGGGAACGUUUAAUGUGUGAAAACAGCAAAGCAGAACCAUCUUAUUGAUAGUCGAUCGUCAACAGCAAACGCUGUACUCCGAUGGAUAGCCCUAGAGUGACUCCAUUGUCUGUCCUGAGCUCAAGCGACGAAAAUCUACGUGUCAAAUUCCUAUGUAGUUUCUCUGGCAGUAUACUGCCCCGCCCGCAAGAUGGUAAACUCAGAUACGUUGGAGGAGAAACUCGUAUUGUGAGUGUGCCGCGCGAUAUUACUUACGAAGACCUAAUGGGGAAGAUGAGGGAGCUUUAUGAAGGUGUGACCGUGUUGAAGUACCAGCAGCCGGAUGAGGAUCUCGAUGCUCUUGUAUCUAUCGUGAACGAUGAUGAUGUCACUAACAUGAUGGAGGAGUACGAUAAAUUGGGAUCGGGAGAUGGUUUCACUCGGUUAAGGAUGUUUUUGUUCGCCAAUCUUGAUCAAGAUGGUUCUUUACAUUUCGGUGAGGUGGACGAGAGGGACCAUGAGAGAAGGUAUGUGGAUGCUCUUAAUAGCCUUAACGAGUCUCCCGACUUUAGAAAGCAGAAUAAUGGUGAGUCUUUGGUAAUGGUGGGUUCGUUGGAAGAUGUAAAUGCAGCUGAGCAGUACUUUAGCCAGAUGAAUUUAGAGAGCAGCGUCCAUGGACAGAGAAACAUGGAAUUGCCCAUGGCUCAGAUGAAUUUGAGGAACUUGACAAUACCUCAUCUUGGUUCGGGGCAGCUUCAACAAGCGGUUACUCAGAGGUACAAUGAAAUGGAAGCACCGUGGAGCCCAGCUUACUAUUCGCCAAGACAACAACAACAACCACCGGAUCAGAGACCGGUUUCCGAAUUUCCGACUUCGCCUUCUUCUUCUCGGUACCGAACUCCGUACGGUGAAUUUCAAGAGAAAGUGUUCGAUAGAAUGCCUGAGGAUUACAAUCGACCACAGAUUCCCAAUCCCUCUUUGUAUGAGCAGCAGCUGCAGUUCACAGACAAUGUUGUCUUGAUUCCAGCAGGGGCUGUAGUGAACGAAAAAGCUGGUUUUCCUGGUAAUAUACUCCAAAGUUCGUCUAAUGCUUAUGAAGCGAGCAAUGUCUGCGAGCAUUGCCGGAUGUUGUUUCAGAGAAAUCAGGUUUAUCCGGAAUCUUCUUGGAAGGGUGGUGAACAUUCGCAUCUCGAGCCGCCGAAUAUGGGUAAUGGAUAUCUUCAGGUGCCUAAUUCAUGUGCUGAUUGCCCACCAAACAGGGAAGUGUACCCUCCGUACUACUGCAGGGAGCACACUGAUCAUCGGGCAAUGUAUUCUGAGACGCAUGGUCAUGAAAGAGGAUGGGUUUCGCCACAUCACACGAAUCCUUGGGCAGAGGAACCGAGGCCACACUUGUCUUUAUCGGGGAGGUUGGGUGAUUCUUACAUUGUGGAGAAUGGUAUGACUGUUCCACUUGGACAUGGUAAUAAUGUAUGUGAUGGGCACCAUUUGCAGUCACACUAUAUACAUCAUGAAGACCAACGGUAUGCUCGUUCUGGGGUUGAUUACGGCGGUCAAGUGUUUCAAGAGCAAGUAGUGGCAAACGGAUCGCAGGUUCAUCUUCCUUCUUUGGAAGAGCGUGGUGGUGUUCAUUAUGGAACUCCUCCAUAUAAUACGUAUGGAGCAGAGAAUCUUUAUCAGGUGCCUCAUGGUCAUAAUCCUCCUCAACCGACGUGGAGAAAUGUUCAUGGCCCAUUGCAGGGUGGUCACCCCUACGAAACAUCUGUUUCUUCUCAGAUAGUUAAUGGUUCUGUUCCUAUGGGCUUCAUCCGAGGUACGGUGGAGGGUAGUCCGAGGGUGAGAGCUGGUUUUGAGAAUCAAAAUCCUUGGGCAGAGUCUUCGCAGAAAGUUAUGGGCUUUGAGGGCUCUCUCAUGCCAGACUAUUUGCAUGUUCAGGCUGUAAAACAUACUCCGAACACUUACGCUUUGGAAAAUCAACAUCCGUGUACGCAUGAAACCAUCCGACCAGCAUCUUUGUUGGUUAAUCCCAUCACUUCUAAAGAUAGUUUUAUUAAGUCUGAUCCGGUGUCACUAAUUGAUGGUAUAUCAGUGACUGUUGCUGCUUCUGGAUUGGACUCUCGGUAUGACUGUGAAACACAUAAAUCAGACAGGGUGAACGAGAGCAAUGUGUAUGAAGGGAGCAAAGAGAAAAACAAUGGAGGGGAGGUCAAAGAUUCUGGUGUUUGUGGUGCAAUUGACAAUAAUUCAGAUGUUUUAGCUCCUAUUUUCAUCAGUUUAGAAGCUCCCAAACCUGUUGUUGAAAUAGGCGAAACUAAUGCGAGCAUUUCCGUGGAGAAACAGGAUGACCGAUUGGAGUUCUUGCCCGAAUUAAUGGCCUCCGUGAAGGAGGCAGCUUUGCAGAACUUGAUGGAUGUGAAAGCUAAAGUUCAAGAAGACAUUGACAUGGGCAGUGGACAUGACAUUACUGCAAAAGAGAAUACUCAAAAUCAUAAAGACGGGGUGGAUGGAAAUGUGGACCUGGAGGUAGAUUCUGAUAAUGACAAUAUUAACCACUCCAAGAUAGAGCUGACAAAAGCCGAGGCAGAAGCAGUCGAUAGAGGAUUACAGACAAUAAAAAAUGAAGAUCUGGAGGAGAUUCGGGAGUUAGGUUCUGGGACAUAUGGUUCUGUAUUCCAUGGCAAGUGGAAGGGGUCAGAUGUAGCAAUAAAAAGAAUAAAAGCUAGCUGCUUUGCUGGAAGACCAUCCGAGAGGGAACGUCUGAUCGCCGAUUUCUGGAAGGAGGCUUUGAUAUUAAGUUCAUUGCACCAUCCAAACGUUGUCUCCUUUUAUGGAGUAGUUCGUGAUGGCCCUGAUGGAUCUUUAGCAACGGUGACAGAGUUCAUGGUUAAUGGAUCCUUGAAACAAUUUCUGCAGAAAAAAGACAGAACAAUCGAUAGACGUAAGAGACUGAUAAUUGCGAUGGAUGCUGCAUUUGGUAUGGAGUACUUGCAUGGGAAAAACAUUGUUCAUUUUGACCUAAAAUGUGAAAAUCUGCUUGUCAAUAUGAGAGAUCCACAUCGUCCAGUGUGCAAGAUUGGUGAUCUAGGAUUAUCGAAGGUAAAACAUCAUACUUUAGUUUCGGGAGGUGUUCGUGGGACAUUACCGUGGAUGGCACCUGAACUUCUAAGUGGCAAGAGUAACAUGGUUACAGAAAAGGUCAUAAUUUGUCAAUACCAUCCUCUCUCUCUCUCUCUCUCUCUCUCUCU